ACAACAAGUCACGAUGGUUCAGUGGAAAGCUGAGGAACGCGCUGCGAUACAGGCUGUCUUCGCCAAACUCGACUACGAGUCGGUGGGCCGCGAGACCUUGACGAGGCUCUUGGUGGUCUACCCUUGGACUCGGCGGUACUUUGGUGGAUUUGGAAACCUGUUCAACUCCGAGGCAAUCAUGGCUAACCCAAAGGUCGCAGCGCACGGGGUUGUAGUGCUCAAAGGUCUGGAGAUGGCUCUUAAAAACAUGGAUGAUAUCAAGAACACCUACGCUUCCCUUAGCGAGCUUCACUCAGAGAAACUGCAAGUCGACCCGGGCAAUUUCCAGCUCUUGGGUGACUGCCUGACCGUGGUGAUCGCUACUCGCAUGAGGUCUGAGUUCACCCCAGACAUCCAAGCUGCGUGGCAGAAGUUCCUGGCGGUUGUUGUGUCAGCUCUGAGAAAGCAGUAUAAUUGAUUCAUCGACUGAACGAUGAAAUGAUGUAGCCUACUAUUGUGUAAUUCACCAAACAAAUAAAUAAAAAUUAUUGACACGA